GUUUCCAAGAAAUUGAAAUUGUACAUAGUGAUUACCGGGAACAGCACAGCCCAGACAACUUCCCUGUCUCCUGCCGGUCGAGGAGAGUAUAUUUACAGCUGCAUCACGGGGACGAUUGGAAAUAGAGAACUCAAGUUCAACGUUAAGUCACACACCCUCUGCAAUGUCGAAACGAAAAUCCAAAUCCACAAUUGCACCAGUGAUCAAGUCCUUUAUCAUAAUGGAUUUGGAAACAACAGGUUUGGAAGAUGCCAAGAUCAGUGAACUUUGUUUUCUGGCAGUGUCGAGAGAUGAUAUUUUAGCUGGGGGACCAAGGCUCCCCAGGGUUAUCGACAAACUGUUGAUAUGUCUCAACCCACAGAAGGAUAUCGACGACAAAGCCCAGGAGCUCUCGGGUUUGACAAACGACAUGCUCUCAGGGCAACAGCCAUUUGAUGUGCAUGUCGCAGAGUUAAUGGACGCCUUCAUCGCUCGACUCCCAGAGCCAGUUUGCAUGGUAGCUCACUAUGGAAUCCGUUUCGACUUUCCUAUCCUGAAAAGUGAACUGGAAGCUAUAGGACGAACGCUCCCAGGUCAUGUUCGAUUUGCGGAUACUCUCUUAGCCAGCAGAGACCUGGACCCUGGCCGCCCGAGCCAUGCCCUACGAAGCAUCUACAAGAAUGUGUUUGGGUGUUUUCCUGCGUCGUCACACACUGCCGAGGGGGACUGUAUCGCGUUGCUUGAGAUCCUAAUGGCUAACCCGGCCCCAUAUCUCGAAUGGAUGGACAAGGUGUCCCAGCAGCAUACCAGUGCUUAGCUGACAGGAACCGUGACAGAAGGGCAGUGAACUUUGCUGAUUUAUAAAACUAAAAUUCUCUCGGCUCUGUCUGGUCAACCCUUACACGUCUGCAUUCUUUGCUAAUACUAGAUCAUGAAAUCCAAAUAUAGGGAAACCCUACCCAACCAAAGGUUUACUGAAACCCCGCAAGCCGAUUACUGAAAUCCUGCCCAUUAGACGAUUACUGAACCCUGCCUUGUACAUGAUUACUGAAAUCCUGCCCAUUAGCAGAUUACUGAAAUCCUGCCCAUUAGACGAUUACUGAAACCCUGACCAUUAGCAGAUUACUGAAAUCCUGCCCAUUAGACGAUUACUGAAACCCUGUCCAUUAGACGAUUACUGAAAUCCUGCCCAUUAGACGAUUACUGAACCCUGCCUGCUAAACGAUUACUGAAAUCCUGCCCAUUAGCAGAUUACUGAAGUCCUGCCCACUAGAAGAUUACUGAAUUCCGGCCCACUAGACGAUUACUAAAAUCCGGCCCACUGGACGAUUACUGAAACGAUUACUGAAACUGGAGAGCGGAAGAUCAAGGGUUCGAUCCCCGGCCGCGUCAUACCAAAAGACGUUAUGAGAUGGCAUUUGUUGUAACCUAGACUAACAUCUAGUCUCUGAAAUGAACAUAUCGUACAGAAAACAUAGUCCCAGAGACUCUCUUCAUUUUCAGAUACUGCAGAAUCUAGACUUGCCAAACAUUAUAGACAUGCAUGGCGCUCGGCAUUAAGGGGCCCAAACAAGGAGUCAGUAUACUGUGUCUGAGUGGUGUAUUAAUGUUAAACUGCUAUAAGAUAUCUCAGUGGCCUAUAAACUUGGCAUUAGUCAAGACUAGUACAAGCAGCCACACACACGUGCAUGCACAUCGCUAUAUUAGUGCAAUAAUCUUGAACGCGGCGUUAAAUCCUGCAAUACGAUUACUAAAACCUACCAGACGAUUAUUGAAACCAUGCAAUAUGUUCAGUAAAACCCAGGCUGCUAUGCGAUUACUGAAACCCUGCCUAACAGGCGAUAACGGAACCCUUUCCUCCACUGAGAAAAAUGACGGUGUAAAAUAUUUUUAAGGAAUUCAGGGAAUGACGUCACAGAUUUGUUUUAAUUCAGUUUCGGGGUCAAGACAACGUGACAUUCCCCACUUCCGCCUGGUUCCAUGUCAGGCUCCCCAUCUAGAGACACGUAAAUAUCUAAUUAUUUUAUGACUAACCAAAUUUAAAUAUGAACUCAAUAAAGAAGUGAUGUUUGGUUAGUUUGCCAUUGUAAAACAAUAUUUGUUUAUUUUAUUUACCUGCCAAUUACUUUUUCGUGGUAUUGUGUAAAUGAACUUUAAAUACUACUGAAAAUCAUUAUAUGUUAUCGUUCA